AUGGCUGCCACAAUGACCAUGAGCACCUCCUUGCUGGACGAUGAUGUGUGUCCUGUCUGCCAGACCGACAGAUAUCUCAAUCCUCAGAUGAAACUCAAAGUCGGACCUUGCUUCCACAAGAUGUACACCCUCAGGAAGGCGACUUUUUCAGAGCAGACGUUUGAGGACUUGUCGGUUGAAAAGGAAGUCAGGAUCCGGAAACAAAUGUCUUCCAAGUUCAAUAAGCGGCGUGAGGAUUUCAAGACGCUCAAGGAUUAUAACGACUAUCUGGAGACAGUCGAGGACCUGACAUUCAAACUGGUGAACGAGAUCGAUGUGGAAACUACAAAGCAAGCGAUCGACAAGUUUUCUGCAGAGAACCGAGAUCUGAUCAGGAUAAACGCUGAUCGUCUGCUGAAUGAGUCAAGGAUGGCGACACACAGGCAGGAGAUGUUGCGAAAAGAGAGGCAGCAGCAGCGUGAGGCAUACCUGAAGGAACUGGAGGCAGAGCAACUUGCCAAGAGCGAGGACCGGAAGAACUUGAUCCAGGAACUCGCCACCUCUGACAAGUCUGCAAAGACCAUUCUCGCAGCCCGUCAGGCGAUCUCGCUGAAAAAGACAUCAAUGCGCAAGACAGAGGUCAAGCCAACCACUGCCAGCUCUGCGGGCUCGACACCCAUGUUCUCGGACUCUUACCGGUGGAUGCAGCAGACUGAGGAUCUUGAUCGACGGCAGCAAGAGGAAGAGGACGACCACGCAAACGAUAACUUUGAUCCAGUCCAGUCACAGUACAUGGAUGUUGACCUUGGUGUUGGGUAUGUCAACAGUGUCAACAACAACAAGGCCCAUGCUGGUGGAUUGGUCUACCCGCUGUUAACGUCGAGUAUCGGUGUCAAGGAUUUGUAUGUUGAGCCGCUGGGCGUUGGAAACUUGAGUCAGGUGGCCAAGGCGGGAGGGUACCGGAAUGCUUUUGGAUAUGAGCGUGCGAUCGAGGAUGCACAUACUGCCCUCUAUCUGCCUGGACUGUAA